CACGUUGUCAGCACGUUGGCCAGUUGGCUUCAAACUCGCAGACCGGGACUGUAUCGCGUUGCUCGUGCAUUUUUCCGAUUACGAAAUAUUUCGUCAAAAAAAAAAAAUAAUAAUAACAAUAAUCUGUAUUGAAAAUGUAUAGUCCAAAACGAAAUGAAUUACCAAUAAAAUGAUAAAAAAAACUUCUAUAUAGGUAAUCUAUAUUUACGAACCAGGUAUGUCAAAGUAUAUAAAGACGCAAAUUGCACCACACGCUUUCGUCAUGAUUUCAAAUUCAAUCAAAUUACUUGUAUUACAUUUUGGUCUUGUACUGAUAUUCGGAAAUUGGGGCGUACAGGCCAGUUGGGACGAGUGGUGGACAUACGACGGAAUAUCAGGGCCAAAAUAUUGGGGCGUUUUGAACCCGCUGUGGAAGUUAUGCUCGAUUGGCAAACGACAAUCUCCGAUUGACAUUGAUCCGGAUAAACUGCUGUUCGAUCCAUUUUUGAAAAAUCUUCACAUCGAUAAAGACAAAGUCAGUGGAACAAUCGAAAAUACUGGACAGUCAUUGGUGUUCAGAGUGGAUAAAGAGUCGAAAUACGUUUUGAACAUCACCGAAGGUCCUUUGACUUAUCGCUAUCAAUUCCAAGAGUUCUACAUACACUUCGGCACUGAUAACAAUCUCGGGUCCGAACAUAAAAUCCAGGGUUACUCGUUUCCGGCUGAAAUUCAGCUUUACGGCUACAAUACUGAUCUCUAUUCAAAUAUGUCCGAAGCCCAAAUGAAAUCCCAAGGAAUUGUUGGUGUAUCACUCAUGGUCCAAAUUGGACAGACAACGAAUUCAGAAUUCCAAAUGGUCACCAACGAGUUCGGAAAACUUUUGUACAAAGGUUCUCUCCGUACGAUAAAGGACAUAUCCAUCAGAGAGAUGCUCCCGGACAUCAAAUACUACAUGACGUACGAAGGAUCGACCACUCAUCCCGGCUGCUGGGAGACGACCGUGUGGAUAGUGCUGAACAAACCCAUUUACAUAACCAGACGCGAGAUGUACCACUUAAGGAAAUUAUCUCAAGGUUCGGUGGAACACCCGAAAGCUCCACUGGGAAACAACUCGAGGCCGACACAGGACCUACGCGAGCGGACUGUCAGAACGAAUAUUAAUUUCGCGCAGAGAACCGAAGCCGAUCCACAGGGUAAGACUUGCAAGCUGAACAUGCACAAAAACAUGUACUACAAAGCCAACGAUUGGACAUCGGAUUCGUUGUACCAGAUAUAACUUUGUUUUCACCGGCGGUUUUUGAUAUUAUGAUAAGGCUUUCUGCAGAACCGUCGUCGUCGUCUCCCGUACCGUUUCUUCCGGCUUCCGACGGUUCGACCGGAACAGCACAUUGUCAGCGACGGUUUCCUCGACACCAAACAACGGACGGUACCGGUCUAGGACCGAACAAAAAUACAUGCCGCAAACCAUGACAACAAUGUUAUAUUAUCAUUCCUUCAUAAUAUUUAGUAAUACUUAUCGUUAGUUACCUGUUAGUGGUCGCCUCUAUCUAUAAUAUAAAAUAGUAUUAUCGUGCACGACGACUCGUCUGGUGUUGACGACGGUGAUGGGCUGAUGGAAUGAUGGGGGGGGGGGGGGUUAUCAACUGUGUUCGUAAAAUAUUUUGUUAUUAUUAUUAUUAUAAUUAUGGUUAUCGUCGUAGUCAUCGUCGUGUCGUCGUGGUCGUUUAAAUUACGUUCAAUAAUAUAUAUUUUGUAUUGUUGUUUUAUCACCGUUCGUAAAUAUUAAUGUACAUAUUAUUAUUAUAUACAAACGUAUAACAAUUAUUAUUAUUAUUAUUAUUACUAUGCUACGAUAUUAUAUUAUUAUGUAAAUUGAUUUACUAUUUACGAUUUAUGUUGUACGAUAUAUAUAUAUAUAAUAAUAUAUUUAGAGAAUAGUUUGUAAUAAUAUUGUACCGCCAUAAUAAUAUAUUAUAUUAUUAUUAUUAUUAUUACUAUUAUUAUUAACCUGUGCGAAACGCGACGGCGAAUAAUGCUAAAACAAUCGCACUGACGGAAACUAUACCGAAUACAUUAUAACGCGAUAUUAUAAUAAUAUUAUUAUGUAAAACAUAGCUGGCGUGUGUAUACGCCGGUUCAACCACGAUAAUAUUAUAUUAAUAAGUGUGUACAACUGUUAUUGUCUGCCUUCCCCCUGGAUAUAAUUGUUUUAUACAGGUGGUUAUUGUAAAAUAAUCAUAAUCGCCGAAAUAAUAAUAUGUCCCCGAAGAAAAUAAUAUGCAAUUAUUAAUACAUCGAUCGUUGUCAACCGCGUUUUUAAUAACGUACACAAAACAAUAUUAUUAUAUUAUAUUACAACUAAAUUUUACUCGACAGUGUGGUGUGGGCACUGUUACGCGUGUCAUGUACCUAUAUUAUAUAAUUAUUAUUGUAUAACACGAUAUUAGUAAUGAAUAUUGUGUAGCUUCGACGCAAAAGCUAAUAAACUGUAAAUUGUAAUUCGCAAAA